GCUCAGACUGGUUACGUGUGUUUUUUUCUCUCUGACUGGGGCAGUCAGUCAGUCACUCACUCACUCAGACUGAGCGGCUCCCGAGGUUUGCAGCUGGAAGUUUACUGUUGAAAGAAAAUAUCACGGGAGUUCUUGGUUAAUUUUCCCCGUCAAGUCUUUCCUUUUGGUACCCCGAAUCCGACUGGGACUCGAAUCUCCGUUUAACUCGCAGGAUUUAUGUGCAUCAGUGACUAAAAGCAACAGCUUGCUGGAGAGCGAAAACAAAUCGGCGAACGGCGGGAGGGGGGGUGCAAGCCGCCCCGCGCAGCCUCUCCGCCCGGGAGCUCCAGUGGAGGAGAGGGCGAGAGUGGGGCGUGGGUGAGCCGGGGGUCCGGGCCAAAGGGGAGGGAGGGGGCCUCCCGCGGGACUGUUGAAGGGGGGUGGGGGGGGGGGUUUGCUGGGACUGUUGAAGGGGGGUGGGGGAGGGCGAUGGCGCUCCAGGCUCGGGCUCUGUACGAUUUCCAGAGCGAGAACGUGGGCGAGAUCUCGGUGCGGGAGGAUGAGGUGCUGACCGUCUACAGCGAGCACGACAUCGAGGGCUGGCUGGAGGGAGCCAACAGCCGCGGCGAGCGGGGCCUCUUCCCGGCCUCCUACGUGCAGAUCCUACGGGGUGGUGGCGGCAGCAGCGGCGGCGGCGGCGACGCCGAGCCCCCCGCCUCCCGUUACGCCAACGUGCCCGGCGGCGGCAGCUACGACCCCCCGGCGGUGAAGGCAGUAUUGCCGCCGCCCCAGGCCCAACCCCAGCCCCCCGGCGGUUUCCCGCUGCCCUCCUGCCCCGUCGUCAGCACUUUCUGCCCGCCGCCCCUGGUGCAGCCCGGGGUCGGGGUCGGCCUCGGGGGGCUGCAGCAACAGCCGUCGGGCAGCGGCGACGACGACGACUGGGACGAUGACUGGGACGAUAACUCGACGGUGGCGGACGAGCCGUUGUCGGCGGCCGGGAUGGGGGGCGGCGGUGGAGGGGGAGGCGGCUACUCGGAUUUCGACGGGACCGGCCGCUAUAAAGUGAGCAUGGGGACGGGCAACCGGGCCGCCUCGGGCUCCGUCUCGUCGGCCGCCUCCGCCAAGAGCACGGCCACGGUGGGCAGGAACCUCAACCGCUUCUCCACCUUCGUUAAGUCGGGCGGCGAGGCGUUCAUCCUGGGAGAGGCGGCCGGCUUCGUCAAGGAUGGCGACAAGAUCUGCGUGGUGUUGGGCCCGCACGGCCCCGAGUGGCAGGAGAACCCCUACCCCUUCUCCUGCUCCAUCGACGAGCCCACCAAGCAGACCAAGUUCAAGGGUAUCAAGAGCUACAUCUCCUACCGCCUGGUACCCAGCCACACCCAGAGCCAAGUCAACCGGCGCUACAAGCACUUCGACUGGCUGUACGGGCGCUUGGUGGAGAAGUUCCCCGUCAUCUCGGUGCCUCACAUCCCCGAGAAGCAAGCCACGGGCCGCUUCGAGGAAGACUUCAUCUCCAAGCGCAAGAAGGGACUGAUCCUGUGGAUGAACCACAUGACGAGCCACCCGGUGCUCGCACGCUGCGACGUCUUCCAGCACUUCCUCACCUGCAACGACGAGAAGGCUUGGAAGCAGGGCAAGCGCAAAGCCGAGAAGGACGACAUGGUGGGCGCCAACUUCUUCCUGACUCUCAGUACCCCGCCCACCCCCCUGGACCUGCAGGAGGUAGAGAGCAGGGUGGACGGUUUCAAAGCGUUCACCAAGAGGAUGGAUGAGAGCGUGUUCCAGCUCAGUCACACUGCCAACGAGUUUGCCAGGAAGCAGGUAGUGGGCUUUAAGAAAGAAUACCAGAAAGUCGGCACCUCUUUCCGAUUGCUCAGCCAAGCUUUCGAGAUGGACCAGCAGUCCUUCUCGGUUGGACUCAAUCGUGCCAUCGCAUUUACUGGAGACGUGUACGAUGCUAUAGGAGAACUUUUUGCAGAACAGCCUAAACAAGAUAUAGACCCUAUCGUGGACUUGUUAGCGCUUUACCAGGGGCACCUGACCAACUUUCCUGAUAUUAUCCACGUCCAGAAAGGUGCUCUCACCAAAGUAAAGGAGAGUAACCGACAUGUGGAAGAAGGGAAGAUGGAGCUACAUCAGGCAGAUGGGGUCCGUGAACGUUGUGACACUAUUUCCUUCGCCACAUUAGCAGAAAUUCACCAUUUUCACACUAUUCGUGUGUCAGACUUCAAGACACAAAUGCAGCAGUUUCUUAAGCAGCAGAUUCAUUUUUACCAGAAGGUGACUCAAAAAUUGGAGGAGGCCUUGCAAAAGUAUGACGGUGUUUAACUUCUGAAAGUCUGAUCCUUUCCUUCGUGGCCUUUCGCACCUAGAUAAUGCAGGUGACCUGCAAGUGGUCAGAUCAUUCUUGGAUUAGCCUUGAUGUUUAUUACAUUGAGCUUCCAGGUUGGGUGAUCUAGCAUCAAAAUUUAUUGAGCAAUCUUUUGUAUAAAACAAAACACAUGGAGUUUGAUACAUGACAAAUUACUCCAAAUUGUGUGGGGAAAGGGAUUAGUAAGAAGACUAUUUAAAUGUUAUGUACUAUAUGCUUACACUACCAUUACUAACUUUGUUCUGCAAAAUGCAGUAUGUGUAUACUAUCUAAAUUUUUGCUUUAUUUAACAAGGCUAUCCCAGGGACGUUAUUAGGCUCAAGAUCCUGUGCGUGAUCCUAAAUUUGGGCAGGUGGAUGGAUGCGUCAAAUGUAUGUUCUCCAUAUGGCCUGCUCUCAAUGCUGAGGAAGCCAAUAGACUUUUUAGUUUGUUCUGUUACAAAUGAAAUGCAAGGGUUAAAACACGUUUUGGAUUCCAGCCACAGCAGCUAUGUUACUCAUGUGCCUUUUGAGUCACUUGUCUUCUGUAGUUUUAUUAAAAGCUUCUGUUAAAGGCAGAGGAUAUCAUGAGUUUCCUCUACUUGAAUUGCACCAGAGAGUGAAGAAAAAUGAUUCUGACCUCUAACAAGUCAGGGAAGGAAGACUAUACAUCUCUCUGGGGUGGCGGCAAUCACAGUAAAUAUUAAUGAAAUUACACUCAGGAAAGCAGGGGAUGCUAUUUAUUUAUAAACACAACCAUUACACAGGCAGGAAUGGCAUGCAGGUUUCAGAGUGACUUAUCCAUAUUAGUUAGAAAUUAGAGUUAUCAAAAGUUAGAGAAAACUUUAUUUAAAUUGUGAAAUCUUGUGAAAGAAUGUGGAACCACUUUAUUUUCCUCAGCAGCAUAAGGCUGUGCAUGUAUUUGGUUAACCUGAAUAUUUGGAUAUUUGACUAAAACAUUUUAAAUUGAAGGACAUUCCACGAUGAAUUUAAAAUUAGUUACAGAAAAAUGUGGAAGUCACCAGCUGGAAUUUCCUAAAUGAGAAUUAAAGAAAAUUAAAUGUAGUUUUAAAUGUACACAAAUUUUUAAUUCCUGCUUUUGACACAUCAUUGAAAUCAAUCCAUUCUGCCUUAUCUGUCCCUCUUUUUACACCCACCUUCCCACCCUAACCCUGGAUUGUGCUACAAUGCCUUGUCUGUAGAGCAUACAUUUUCUGACAUGAACUGAAAUGUGUUGCCUGGUGGGAGUUGUUGCAAUCCAUUGUAUCCUUUGAAUACAGUAGCUGACAAGGAUUUAUUGUUAGCUGUCCUGGGCAGAACAACCAAAGAAGUGGCUGUUGUGUUUUUUUUUGAGGCUUUCUUUCAUCUGGAAAUGAAGGUAUUAUUUUUCAUAUGAGUACAUUGAAAUUGCACAAAUCAUAAAAAAUUUGAGAUUCAACUGAAAUUGUGUUUAAUUUGGCAAUCAACUGCACUGAAAUAGUCUGCCAUUACUGGUCAAUGUACAGUUAUUGCAGUGUCAUUGACUAAAGGAAAACGUACUGAAGAAUUUUUUGCUACUGGUUAAAAUGUCACGUUGUGUAAUGAUCCUGUGAGCAAAAGUAACUGGUGCUUUGCUGCAGUGUACACUAAAUAGCCAUAAAGUGUUUUUACAGAGGAUAUUUGUGGGAAACCAGAAGGAUAUGAAAAUGUUUACAGCUUUUUGUAUUACUUGUCACGGUCCCUCAUCUGCAACAGUUUGAUAACCAGGAUUUGUGUAAUAAAGUGACUGUUCAUCCAUAAGACUUGUAUCAAAAAUGUCAGACUUUCUGUGAAAGUGCUCUUUAUACAAAUCAUCAGCACAGUUAAAAGUGAUUUCAUUGUAUGCAACAUAAUAGAUUAAAAAAAAUUACCAUA